AGAGUGACGUCGCAGUAGUGGCGGCUUGUGACUUGCGAAAUGGAGAUAGGACCUGUUCGGAGAAAACAAGCCUCUUUAUUUGAGGACCUUGUGCUUAAAUAAAGCAGAAACAUCGACAAGCGCAACCCCACCGACAACAGCCGGCUGGAUACCACCACAGCAGCCGACAGAUAACUCAUGAAAUGCAGCACUCGGUAGGAUGAUCAGCAAUCAAGAAGAAGAUGAGUUUGUUGCAGUGCGGGUCCAAGAUCCCCGCAUGCAGAACGAAGGCUCGUGGAAUUCAUAUGUGGAUUAUAAAAUAUUUCUACAUACCAACAGUAAAGCCUUCACAGCCAAGACGUCCUGCGUGCGGCGGCGCUACAGUGAGUUUUCCUGGCUCAAGAAGAAGCUUCAGAAGAACACUGGUUUGGUGCCAGUCCCAGACCUUCCAGCGAAGUCCUUCUUCUCCUUCAUCAAUGAAGACUUCCUGGAGCGGAGAAGGAAAGGACUUCAGGCCUUCUUGGACAAGGUGGUGAACAUGACAGUGUGUCUGUCAGACAGCCAGCUCCACCUCUUCCUGCAGACUCAGCUGCCUGUCGGUCACAUCCAGGACUGCGUGCAGGGCCACACUCCCUACUCCGUUACAGACGCCAUCCUCACUUACGCCUCAUCCAAUCGGGGCUUUGCUCAGGCUCAGGAGGACGAUCCAAUCAAGGAGUCUAGUUUGACUGUUUCUUAUGAGUCCAUGGAGAGCCCAGCUCCUCAUCAACCUUGCGUACUUCCUAAAGAGCCCUUCAGCCCUGAGCUUUUGUCCUGUGGGGACUCUGACCCUCUAGACGGUUUACUGAUGCUCCGUGAUAAGGACACAGCUGAGUUUCAGCUCAAGGACAAUUCCUCAGUAAGAGUCCUUCAGGAGAACAACCAUCUGGAGGCCGUCGUUGAGGACUGUGGCCCGGCAGAGGCGACCUUUUUUCUGGGUGACAGCCAGGAUGUUCCUGAGAGUCUCAGCCUUGCAGAACAGACCCAGCAUAUUAGCUGUCAGAUACAGACACCAGUGGAGGUGCACUCGGCCAUGGGGACUGGCUUUGAGGAGAAAUGUGGAGAGGAAAGCUUGUUUGAGGAGUGUUCCGUAAGAGAGGACAGCGCUAAGACUUUAGAUACAGAAGAAGAGACUGUUCCUCAUCCAGACACGGAGGAGAAGGCUGAUCAGUGGGAAAGUCCUGCAGAGGAAAAGAUGGAAAAAGCUUAAGCUUGACCUUGAGCCAGAAACAUCUGUGAAUUCUGCAGCACUUUUAGCUUUUAAGGACGGUGACCUUAAGGAACAGCUUACAGAGAGCGACGCCAGAUCUCAGGAAGAAGUUCUGGAAGUCUUCUGCUCUGAGAAGCAGGUUUUAGAAAAUCAUGUAAUCUCUGAAGUUAAUGGUGUCGAACACAAUGAUAGCACUGACGUUCACGUUGAAGAUGUUAGCUGUCUGGAAGAGUUUAAGAGCUCAGACAACGAAAAGAGUGAUGAGUCUGAGAGUAAAGAAGAGACGCCACUUGUGUCAGAAAUCUAUGAAGAGACUCAUAAUGUGCACCCAGAGGCGGAAAGCAGCGGCGAUGACAUUCUUCAACAAACGGACCAAGUCGAACAGGAAGUGGAUCUGGUUAGGACCAAAGAUGACGCUGACGAGGACAGCCACUCAUCUUCCAAUGAAAGCAUCGUCAAGGUCAGCGAUGAAGAAAGCAUUUGUGACGAGACAGAGGACUCGAUCCAGGCAGAAAACGACCACAUGAAGACGUCUCCAGAGGAGGUCGCUCACUGGUCACAAGAGGUAGAGGCCUCCAGGAGAAACAUUUUGGACCUAAACAUUAAUGGAUGCACCGUAGAAAAAGAGGACAUUUCCGCACAGGAGGACGAGGACAUACAAUACAUAACCGACAUCAGUGACUUAAGUAAAUCUCUGGAUUUGAUCUCAACUGUAACUGGUGGAGAUUUGACUGAAAAUAGCGACUUCAGCAUUUUAGAGAGCAGCUGCACGUCUGGGUUAGCUGAUAGUAAAUGUACGGAGCAGGAGACCUUGUCCGUGUUGUCUUUGGAUACCUCAGAGGAGACUCGUAAGGUGGAGGUGCAUUAGUUAAACUUCACCCUCACAGAGCCAGAAAACAAUAGAUUGUGAGAGUUGUCGUCUGCCAAAGACACAUUUGAUCACAAACAAGGUACAUAAAAAGUCUGCUCUUCAUACAAUUCUGUAUUAGGCCCAUUGUAGGUUAAAGGUUCUUUGAGAUUAAAGUGGUACAGAUCAUACAUGAGGUUAGAUCAACUCGUCCCACCACAGACACCGGUCACACGAGCUGCAACACUAUGGAAGACAUCUUGCGAUGUAGUUUAUCCAACUUUGCAAUGUGAAUCGAAUUGGUUCCUUGACACAAAAAAUAUUUUGACUUUAGUCUCAGAGAAUGUCUUGGAAAUGUAUGAAUUAUUUAAUCUGGGCAAUUUACGACUUUAAUCUUGGCAAUUCUGAGGGUUUUUUUUUCUCCCCGUCCCCGGCUCUAUAAUUGAAUUUAAUUUAUUAACCUACAAUGGCCCUAAUACACUGUUGUAUCGUCACAAUGUAGAAGAUCCGGUCUGUGACACAUGUUGUAAGUCUAACGUCUUUUUAUUUUUAAAUAGUGUGCAUCUUCAUUUACACUCAGGUAAACUGUUAUUCUCCUCCGGAUGGAUGAUUACUGUGUUUUUGGGAACAGCAGAGGGUGCUCAAGUUCACAAAAAGCAUUUUAAGGUUGAUUUUCUUUUCUUGUUUUUAUCCAUAUAUAAAGAUCUAAAGGUAUUUUUGUGUAAACAUAAAAUGUGAUUUAAAAAAAAUGUUCAUUUUAAGUUUAAUGCAAUUGUUCUGAGAUUUAGUCAUGUUAUUUUGAGGGGAACAAAACAUGGCAGAAAUAUACACUUAUAUUAAAGGAUAGAUUGACCUUUUCUCAGGUCUAUAUUAACACUUUGUACUUUUGAAAGAGUUUUUGGUUGCUGUAAUUGAUCCAACUGUGAAUACUGACUGUCAAGAGAGAAAUGCACAGUCAAAAAAAGCUUUCUGUAGUUUAAUUUAAUGUAAUAUGAGGUUUCAGUAGUCUGACAGACGAAACAAAUCUUUAGUGCCCAUUUCUGUUUCUUUACGGAGCAGCAGUGGAGAGACUAUAAAUUAAAAUGAAAUACAAAAAACUAACUUUAUCCACUUAACCUGUCUUAGCUCAGGCUGCUGAAGCCUCAAAAUAACUAGUUAAAUUUGAGAAGUGGAAGGGAGCUCGUCACGGCCCGUAUACACAGGAGAAACAAUUACUGCUCCAAAAUCUGUUGAAUGUAUCCUUACAGUCACUGGAGAAUCAGUGUUAUUUUUGCCCUCGUUUUCAAACUCACUUAAUGUGAAACACAUAUAAAUCACUAUAUUUAAGUCAACAACUGUUUCCUGUUGAAUCCUGAUGAUAUGUUUUCAAAUUGGCUGUUUUUAAAAAUCUAGACCUGCUGCUCGACAACAAUCCUGUUAUAAUUGGCGCUUCCGUUUUAUGAUCCAAUAUAAACAUAAGUCUCUAACUCAGGCUUUGUCUACAGAUGAAAGACCCUCUGUAUCAGAUCCACAUUAAACCAGUUUAGUAACUUGCUUGGAUUGAGGCCAAGCUAAUAAUGAGUUUGCCUCUUGGCACUUACUGCUCUGAACAAAAUAUGUUUUAUAGGCAGAAGAUAUUUAUUAUCAGAGAGGGGAAAAAAAUAUAUUUUAGCCCAACAAAGCACAAAUAAAUGUUUGGUUAUGUUAAUAAAAUUUGAAAUAAUUCAAAUAAAUAAAUGAUCAGAAUAUAACUGGAUCCCUGUGCAAUAGACACUGACACCUUUUCAGUCUUGUGAUCUUGAUGAUGAUAAUAUGCAUUCUUGUAAUUUCUGUAACAUUUUCUGGAUUUUUGUAAAUGUUCAAAACUCCCUAAAGAUAAAACAGGAUGACACCAUGGUUUACAUACACCAAGCUUUAUUAUUGUCAGUCUCGUAGGCAUUUUACAUGUUGUUUUUCCAGGUUAUUUAAAUAAUGUUAGGGGCUGUAAUCCUGACACUUAGAGCAGUUUUCUUUUGUUAACUCACAGCCUACAUUUAAAAAAAAAAAAAAAAAAAAAAAA